AUGAUUCCAACAGCCAGAUGUAUGGCCGCAAAGCCGGCCGGUUUCUUCAAGCGCAGCGCAGACGAGCUCAGUCGCCUCUCAAAAAUUGCUUGGAACACCGAAGGCCUUCAUACUCCUACGAAACCCUAUACAAUGCUCGAUUUCGAAGAUGAGAGGGCGGUUGCGGGUUGCAAAACAAUGGCCGACCGUGCCGUCGGAGGAUUCAGUACUGCGAACUUGGACUAUGUACCGGCGGACCCUUCCUCGAACACACCUGCCCAUGCGAGAUUUCAUGGCAACAUAUCGACCAAGCUUCCCAAUAACUGGAGGGUGGAACGGACAGGAUACGCCGCGUUUCGCAACAAGGACCGAGGACUCUGGCUAUUCGGUCGACUGUACUGGGAUGUCGACCCAUACGCCUACCUGGCACUCCGUGUCAAGUCCGAUGGCCGACGCUAUACUGUGAACAUCCAAACCGACUCGAUCGUCGAGACCGAUAUUCACCAGCACCGACUGUACACACGACACCACCGCGUCCAGAGCCGUCCCACCUCCGACGAACAUCUGCCACCAUACUCAUCAGCAGAGGCAUCGGAGUCAGCAGAGAGUGCUGACACCAAGUACCCUGGGGGCAUCCCUCCGUCACUGUCGGACAUCCCGCCCGAGUCGACCGUCAUGUCCUCCGCUUCAGCAACAACGUCCGGCUCCACAGGAUGGGAAACCAUUCUCCUACCGUUCAACGCUUUCGUUCGCACAAACCACGGCUUUGUUAUGGAGCCUCAGACCUCCCUGCUCCGGCAGCGGGUGAAGAGUAUUGGCAUUGGUCUUACGGAUCGGGUCGAGGGGCCGUACGAUCUGCGAAUUCAUCGUAUGUGGGCCACAAAUGGCAUCGGCGAGCAAGAAGCGCAAGAAGACAGACUGAUCUGCGGCGCGGAUGCUCUGCCUGUCGACGAAGGCGUGAAGUCUGGUUGGACAGACAAGGGCAUAGAGGGACAGCAGCAGGACAGACCAAAAGCGAAGGGCCUUAAGGGACUCCGUUCGGAGUGGAAUCAGUGA